AUGGUUGCCAUCGAUCGCCUUGGACAUGUCUAUCCAUCAGUUCAACUUCAAGAUAUGUUGACGCUUGCACAAAAGCCAGGACCAUUAGUAACACCAGUAGGAUAUGGUGGUGUAUCAGUAAAUCAUUCCGUAGCUAGCGUAUUGAAUGGAAGUGAAACAGACAGUAUUUCACCGGCACAAUUUGGUCUUCCUAACAAUCCAUCAUUACAAUUUUCAACACCAGGUGGUGGUUUUGUUGAAGUUUUUGGUCCAUUAAAUACACCUGGUAAUAAUAAAUUUUUUCAUGAUCCAAAUCCAGUUGUUAUUCGAAAGAAAUCAAAACCCGUUACAUACGUACAACGAAUUAAUUUAGCUUAUUAUCAACCACCUGCUCCACCACCACCAGGUCCAGUUAUUAUUAAGGAGGUACGUCCACCACAAGCACCAGCUCCACCUCCACUUUUUGUUCGAAUUCGACCACCACCACCACCUGAACAAGCACCACUAGUCAUUCGUGAAGCACCACCACCACCUCCAAGACCAAUUCCAGCAACACAUUUGACAAAAGUAUUACCUGCAAUGCCUGUUCCACCACCACGUGUUCAUAUACGUAAUGCUCCCGAUCGUUUAACAGUUGAAAGAACCUUAAGUAAUUUGGGUCUUUCAUCAAGAUUAUAUUAA